ACAAUACCUGAAACAGAGAGAGACUCCUGUAAAUAUGUUUUCACGUUGACCUAUGUUUAGUUCUAAAACAUGUACAGUUUCUGUAAGAGCACUUCUGUAUAUUUCGCACAGACUAGAUUUGAAGUUUAUUUUAUUGUAAGUAUAAUCGAUUAAUUGAUUUGGGAAGCUUACGCUUUUAAUGACCUUUCUGUAUUAUACGUACAUGUUUUGUUACUAAUAUCCAAGCAGCGGAGUGAACCCGCGGAGGCGUUCGAUGCCGCCUCGACUGUCAUCCCGGAUAGUAGACGACCACUCAUGCCUCAUAUAUAUCAUAUAUCACCCCACCCUCUAACCUACCUAUCUAUUAUCAUGAUAAUACAAAUUUUUUACAGGGCGCCUGAAUUUAACUGAUAUUUAUUGUACAUUGUUAGUAUAAUUGAUUAUUAUGUUGGUCAGAUUGCCUAUUCGGCAGUUUGGCCAUCGGCCAGUUGUGACAUUAUUCCUUCUGUGAAAGGGGCAACGUUUCCAAAAACAAAAUUUGUACAGUACAACCGUAACGUCCAUCGUUUGUAUAAUAUAUUCAUUUCAAUGAGUGUCGUUUCGUUGUAGUGGUUACUACCAGCAAGAGGUCGCAAACCGUGCUAUGACAGACUGACCUUUCCGCCAUGUCUUGUAUGCAGAGCUGCAUGCAUUUGCCUGCUUUAUGUUUCAUUACUUUUCAUUUCGAUAUUAGUUUAGUUUAUUGUAAAAAGUAAUUAUUUAUAUUGUACAGUUUGUCUUUUUCCCUAGUGUACAGAAGGAUCGUGUAAAAUAUUACAAAUAUUAUGUUUCCAAUUUUUUUUUCUUGCACCAUCUAAAUAUUGGCUACCGGGAAUGAUCUGUAAUUCGGCUCGAAUGUAUUUCUGCAAGUAGACGAUUGAGAGGAUCCUUACGGUAAAUUUAAUCUUUCUUCAUCUUGAUUUUAUUUGGCUUAUCGAAUGUCUGUGUGACGAAUGCGUGUAGGUAUGUUUUCGUUAGUAGAUAAUCAGCUAACGUGACUCUUUUAUAGCCAAUAAUUUUUAACCGAAGAGAACGAUAGUUUAAUUUAUUUUUGAUUGUUUUAGUUUAUUAGCGACUCGUACGUUAUGUGUUUAUAUUUGAGUUGUGUUCUGUUUAUUUGUCCCCGCUGACCUCUGCCCGUGUCUGUGUAGCGGGACAGGUACCGUCUGCGCGUGCGCGCCUCCGACCGAGGCGAGCCGCCCUCCUCCGCAGACGUGGACGUUGAAUUAGACGUGGUAGACAGGAACAAUAAGCCCCCCAUCUGGGACAUGACCACGUAUGGCCCCGUUCACAUCAAAGAGAAUGUCACAGUGGGUACCGUAGUGACCAGUGUGAAAGCCAGCUCGGGCAUUGAGAACAACCCGACCGUGUUUUACCGGUUGAUGCCCGGAUCGACGGCCCAAACUAAUAAAUUUCACACAUUUUAUUUGCAACAACGAGCCGAUAAUGGAUUUACUUGGGCGGAUAUAAAAGUUAAUCAUCCAUUGGACUAUGAGAGCAUUAAGGAAUACAAUUUGACGAUACGCGUGGAGAACAACGGUGCUCAACAACUGGCCUCGGAAGCGACGGUGUACAUCAUGUUAGAAGACGUUAACGACGAAAUACCACUGUUCACGGAACGAGAACAAGAGACGGUGCUGGAAGGAGAGCCCAUAGGCACGAAGGUCACACAAGUGAACGCGAUAGACAAGGACGGCACGUUUCCCAACAACCAGGUGUAUUAUUACAUCGUGGACUCGCCGCGGAAUGAGGGCAAGGACUUCUUCGAGAUCAGCAUGCAGACGGGCGAGAUCUUCACCAAGGUGGUGUUCGACAGGGAGAAACAAGGCGCCUACGCGCUCGAGGUCGAGGCACGAGACGGCGCGCCCUCCGCGCGGCCCAACUCCGACAACCAACCCAACUCAGUGACUAAGUUCAUCCGCAUUGGCAUCGCUGACAAGAAUGACAACCCGCCGUACUUCGACAAGGAGCUGUACGAGGCGGAAGUCGACGAAAAUGAAGACAUCCAGCAUACCGUUCUCACUGUCACCGCCAAAGAUCACGACGAAUCGUCGCGUAUUCGAUACGAGAUCACGAGCGGGAACAUAGGCGGAGCGUUCGCCGUCAAGAACAUGACCGGCGCGAUCUACGUGGCGGGCGCACUCGACUACGAGACUAGGAAACGGUACGAGCUGAAGCUAGCCGCUUCGGACAACUUGAAGGAAAACUACACAACGGUGGUGAUCCACGUCAAAGAUGUGAAUGACAACCCGCCCGUGUUCGAGAGGCCGACCUACCGAACACAGAUUACAGAAGAGGACGACCGCAAUCUUCCAAAACGCGUGCUGCAGGUAACAGCCACUGACGGCGAUAAGGACAGACAGCAAAACAUUGUCUAUUUCCUUACCGGCCAAGGUAUCGAUCCCGACAACCCAGCAAACAGCAAGUUUGACAUCAAUAGAACAACUGGAGAAAUAUUUGUUCUAAAACCUUUAGAUCGAGAUCAACCAAAUGGAAGGCCACAGUGGAGAUUUACAGUUUUUGCUCAAGAUGAAGGAGGCGAAGGGCUUGUAGGUUACGCUGAUGUUCAAGUCAAUCUUAAAGACAUUAAUGAUAAUGCACCUAUUUUCCCUCAAGGGGUGUAUUUUGGCAACGUUACGGAAAAUGGCACAGCUGGUAUGGUUGUUAUGACAAUGACAGCGAUAGAUUAUGAUGAUCCGGCCGAAAGUAAUAAUGCCAAAUUAUGGUACUCCAUUGAAAAAAAUGUGAUCGAAGAAGAAACAGGGUCACCCAUUUUUGAAAUUGAGCCUGAAACAGGUGUAAUUAAAACUGCGGUGUGUUGUUUGGAUCGAGAAAGGACUCCAGAUUAUUCUAUACAAAUAGUAGCGUCAGAUGGAGGGGGGUUAAAGGGCACGGGUACUGCCUCUAUUAGAGUAAAAGAUAUCAACGAUAUGCCACCUCAGUUCACCAAAGACGAGUGGUUUACAGAAGUAGAUGAAACUGAUGGUACAAAUCUUCCUGAGAUGCCCAUCCUGACUGUAACCGUUCAUGAUGAAGACGAGACCAAUAAAUUUCAAUAUAAAGUUAUUGAAAACAGUGGCUAUGGUGCCGAUAAGUUCACUAUGGUUAGAAACAAUGACGGUACUGGGUCAUUAAAGAUAGUGCAGCCUUUAGAUUAUGAAGACCAAUUGCAAAGCAAUGGCUUUAGAUUUAGGAUUCAAGUAAAUGAUAAAGGUGAAGAUAAUGACAACGAUAAAUACCACGUAGCAUAUUCUUGGGUUGUAGUUAAACUAAGAGAUAUCAAUGACAAUAAACCACAGUUUGAAAGGGCUAAUAUAGAAGUAUCUGUAUAUGAAAAUGCUGAAGUUGGUAAGAGUUUAGAAACGUUCAAAGCUACUGACCCUGACCAAGGUGGAAAAAGUAAGGUUUCAUAUGCUAUUGACCGAUCUUCAGAUCGGAAACGACAGUUCUCUAUAAACCAAGAAGGAACAGUUAGCAUACAAAGGUCCUUGGACAGAGAAGAUACGCCACGUCAUCAAGUUAAAAUUUUGGCCAUAGAUGACGGUGUCCCACCUAGAACGGCAACUGCGACAUUAACAGUAAUCGUGCAAGACAUAAAUGAUAACGCACCUACCUUCUUGAAGGAUUACAGACCAGUACUUACAGAGCACAUAACACCUAAGAAAGUUGCAGAAAUUUUGGCCACCGAUGAUGAUGAUAGAUCAAAAAGUAAUGGUCCACCUUUCCAAUUCAGACUGGACCCUGGCGCAGAUGACAUAAUAAGAGCGUCAUUCAAAGUAGAACAGGAUCAAAAGGGUGCCAACGGUGAUGGUAUGGCAAUAGUUUCUUCUUUACGCUCCUUCGAUAGAGAACAACAAAAAGAAUACCUUAUUCCCAUCAUUAUUAAAGACCAUGGAAAUCCAGCCAUGACUGGCACAAGUACGCUUACAGUUGUUAUUGGUGAUGUAAAUGAUAACAAGAUGCAGCCUGGUUCGAAAGAUAUCCUUGUGUAUAAUUACCAAGGACAAGCACCUGACACCGAAAUCGGUCGAGUAUAUGUUUAUGAUCUGGACGAUUGGGAUUUGCCAGACAAGAAAUUCUUCUGGGAGAGCACAGAACACCCAAAUUUCACAUUAAAUGAGGAAACUGGAAUGAUCCAAAUGAAGCAUAAAACUAGAGAAGGCCGUUAUAAUUUGCAGUUUAAAGUGUAUGACAGGAAACAUACACAAACAGAUGUACCGGCUAAUGUAACGGUGUAUGUUAAAGAAAUAUCACAUGAUGCUAUAAUCAAUUCGGGAUCAAUAAGAAUAUCGGGAAUAUCUGAUGAGGACUUUAUCAGAGUCUGGAAUUACAAGACAUUAAGCGUUUCACGGAGUAAAUUGGAAAUAUUCAAAGAUAAAUUAGCAGAUUUACUGAACACGGAACGUGAAAAUAUCGACAUUUUUAGUGUUCAACUUAGAAAGAAACAUCCUCCUGUGACUGAUAUCCGAUUUGCAGCACAUGGAGCUCAUUAUUACAAACCCAUCCGGCUAAACGGCAUCGUUCUUAUGCAUAGGGAGGAAAUCGAAAGAGCUGUAGGUAUAAACAUAACGACGGUGGGCAUUGACGAGUGUCUCUAUGAAAAUCAAAUGUGCGAAGGAUCAUGUACUAAUGUUUUGGAUAUUAGUAAUUUGCCAUACAUGGUUAACGCUAAUAAGACUGCUUUAGUCGGCGUUAGAGUAGAUGUAAUUGCUGAAUGCACAUGUGGUGCUAGAAACUUCACUCAGGCAGAAACGUGCCGAAACUCACCGUGUUAUAAUGGUGGAAGGUGUAUUGAAGGAAAGUACGGCCUAACUUGUUCGUGCCCGCCUGGAUAUACAGGACCACGUUGUCAACAAACUUCCAGAAGCUUCCGUGGAACUGGCUGGGCCUGGUAUCCCGCUUUAGAAAUGUGUGACAGCUCUCAUCUUAGUUUCGAGUUCAUCACGCGAAAAUCAGAAGGUGUAUUAUUGUAUAACGGACCUAUCGUUCCUCCUGAACCAGAAGAAAUUAUGGUAUCCGAUUUCAUAUCCGUAGAAUUAGAAAGAGGAAAUCCCAGACUCUUGAUUGAUUUUGGCUCUGGUACUUUAGAACUAAGAGUUAAAACAAAGAAAACUUUGGACGACGGCGAAUGGCAUCGAAUUGACAUUUUCUGGGAUACGGAAAAUGUACGAAUGAUAGUUGAUUACUGCAAAUCGGCCGAUAUUCAAGAAAUGGAAGAUGGUACACCCCCAGAAUUCGAUGAUUCCUCAUGCCAAGCUAUGGGAACUAUACCACCGUUUAAUGAGUACUUAAAUGUUAAUGGACCGCUACAGAUUGGUGGUUUAUACAUGGAACAUUUCGAUCCAACUAACUAUCAUUGGCAAUACAUGCCCAUUGGUAAAGGAUUUGACGGAUGUAUCCGAAACCUAAUUCACAAUAGUAAACUAUACGACUUGUCUCACCCAGGCCUAAGCAGAAACUCGGUUGCGGGCUGUCCACAGACAGAAGAAAUUUGUAAUCAAGCCGAUACUACUUCGAGGUGUUGGGAACACGGAACUUGUGUUGGCAGUUUUUCAGAAGCCAGAUGCCAAUGCCAACCCGGCUGGACAGGACCGUCUUGUAAUUUGCCUACCACACCUACUAGCUUCCGACCACAGAGCUACGUGAAAUUUGCUCUCAGUUUUGAGCCAGAUCGAUUUAGUACACAAAUCCAAUUGCGCUUUAGAACCCGUGAACCUCAUGGUGAAUUAUUUAGGGUCAGCGAUCAACAUAAUCGCGAAUACGGUAUACUUGAAGUAAAAGAGGCUCGCCUACAUUUCCGAUAUAACCUUAACUCACUACGAACUGAAGAAAGAGAUGUAUGGCUCAACUCUGUUGCUGUCGACGAUGGACAAUGGCACAUUGCCCGAGUGAGUCGCUACGGAAGUGCGGCCACCUUGGAAAUAGACGGCGGCGAGGGGAGAAGAUAUAACGAGACGUUUACGUUCGAAGGGCACCAAUGGUUGCUUGUAGAUAAGCAAGAGGGUGUAUAUGCAGGAGGUAAAGCGGAAUAUACAGGAGUUAGAACGUUUGAGGUGUACGCCGAUUUCCAAAAAGGUUGCUUGGACGAUAUCAGAUUGGAGGGCAAGCAUUUGCCCUUACCGCCAGCAAUGAACGGAACUCAGUGGGGUCAGGCAACUAUGGCAAGAAAUCUCGACCGAAACUGCCCAUCCAAUAGCCCCUGCAUCAACGUACAUUGUAAUGAACCGUUCGUGUGCGUCGACUUGUGGAACGAGUAUGAAUGCACGUGUCCCGGCGGGUCUACGCGAGCGGGCAACGGCUGCGUGAACGUGGACGAGUGCCUGAUGUCGAACCCGUGCCUGAACGGGGGCACGUGCGUGGACCGCGAGCCGGCGCGCCGCUACGACUGCCGCUGCGCGCUGGGCUACACCGGCCACGACUGCGAACUAGAACUCCUGGCUUCUGGAUUCAUCACGCCCUCCAGAGAUUUUAUUAUAGCUAUCAUUGUCUGUUUGUUUGUGCUUUUGGUCUUGGUGCUAGUGUUUGUGGUGUACAACCGACGCCGGGUGGCGCACAUCAAGUACCCGGGCCCCGACGACGACGUGCGCGAGAACAUUAUAAACUACGACGACGAGGGCGGCGGCGAGGAUGACAUGACGGCCUUCGACAUCACGCCCCUGCAGAUACCCAUAGGCGGCCCGCUGCCCGAUCACGCGCCGACUAAACUGCCCUAUCCGCUAAUGGGCGUCGGUCUCGGCGUGGGGCCCAUGGGCGUGGGUGUGGGCGUGGGCGUGGGGCCCGUGCCGCUGCCCGGCGAGACCAACGUGGGCAUGUUCAUUGAGGACCACAAGCGGCGCGCAGACAGCGACCCCAACGCGCCGCCAUUCGACGACCUGCGCAACUACGCGUACGAGGGCGGUGGCAGCACCGCUGGCUCGCUGUCCAGCCUCGCCUCCGCAGGUACUGAUGACGACACGCACGAGUAUGACUACCUGGGCGCGUGGGGCCCCCGGUUCGACAAGCUGGCCGACAUGUACGGGCCCGACAUGGACGAGCAGCUGUAGGCGCCGGCGCGAGCCACACGUUAGUCAAUUGUCUGCCACCCUACAAUAAGACAUAGUCAAUCCGGCUAGCACAACUGCAUUGCCGACAUCCUACCUAAUUCAUAGUUCGAGAAAUUGAAAGCACGAGUGUAGUGUGGUGUCGCAUACAUUUGUACUAGACGUACGAGUAGGUACAGAGAUCUUUGGAGCUUAUCUCCUCCCCGUAUCCGCGGAGUCGCAUUUGUAAAUAAACGUGCGGGACUAAUUAAUAUCUCGGCUCUCACUCAGACUUAAUUAUUCUUAUCAAUUUUAUACAACUUUAUUUGUAGUUAACGUAACUUUAAGUACUCAUUUUAGAUAUUUAAUUGCGACAUUUUUUAUAAAAUGUAAACGUAUCUUCACCAAAUAUUUGAUAAAUAAGUUUUUAUUCGAGUUAGCCAUAUUAUGAGUCAGUAUUUUAGGUAUUGGAAGUUAUUGCGUUAAGCGGAUUUUUGCCGAAGGGCCAGCGUGAACCUGGGUCGUGGGUGUUUGUAGAUAGUGUGCUAUAUACAUGUGAAUAAUUUAUACGAGUACUUUGUAAGUCCACAGCUUUACGUGAUACCACUUAAUAAUAUGGCCCUUCCGCAUAACAUCACUAUAAUAAUGAAAGAAUAUGUUAUAUUUUAUAAUAGUGAUUGAAUUAAUUAAUAUAUCUAUUCGGACGAUCGAGUUUAUAACGCUCAUUUGACUCGUGGAAUAUUUUCGAGGGAUGUACAUAAUAUAAUGUUACACGACUACCCUUGAAUAUCCUAGCGAAAUAUGGAACUUAUUGUAAUUCAACUAUAAUUAUAAGAAAAAAAUAAACUGUACAGUAACUAUGGUGUUCCUUUCCUAACGUCUCCGUGUAGUAUUAGCGAAUAAUAGGUUAUCUGGAAAUAGUAGGUAACGAAUACAUAGUCAUGGUUCGAAGAGAGUUUUGCGUUGCGUGCGUGCGUGCGUGCGUGCGCGACGGCUGCGAGCGGGCGUGAGUGUGUGCGUGCGAGGCGCGGAUAUGAAUGGGACUGUGCCAAUUUAUUAGCAAUCUAUGGAUACAGCUAAUGAUGGUAGACUUAAGUGUUUGCACUUUAUUUAUUCGUAUAUUUACAUAAAUAAAUUUAGUCGCACCUAGGAAAAUAUCAAUAACUUAUUAAGAGUGUUGUGCUAGAAUUCUAUUCUAACGAUUUUGAUGUGAGAUAGUUAUUGGGAACCGUUAGAAGUCACUAAUUUAAAAAUUAAUUUGUAAGAAUUUAUAGUACAUUAAUAUAUCUACCUAAUAAUGUUUCCAUAGACUGUCUCACCUCGACAUCGAAUAACGAUCAGUGUACAUUUUAGAAUAUACUGAAUUGUGUUAAAAUGACUGAUUUUAUUAUGCGUUUAAAAGCCUAAGAUUUUUGUAGAUUCGGUUAUUUAAUUAUAGACUUCGAAUACCUUACUGUAAGUCCACCCUAUAGUUUGCACACGAUACGAACACUUCUAGAUAUCAUUAAACUACAUAAUAUAAAGCAAUUCUUGUUAAUUAUUAUUUAUAUAAGAAUACUUACAAUAUAGUUUAAUAAACAGAGCUGCAUCAUUUUUAUUAAUUUACAUUAUCAUUACACUGCCAGUAAUCAUACAUAUUAACGAAUUACUAAAUAGUGUUUUCAGUCCGUUUUUGUAUUUCAGCCUUUUACAAUAUACGAUAAUUAUAAGCUUUUGGAACUGUUUAUUAACAGGACGAGACAUUUUAAUUUUCUGACCUUAACUACGGUGCGUAUCUACGCUCACACAUCUCUUAGGGCUGAUUUACACGGCGCGCGAACUCGCAUGCGAUUUUAGUUACAUUCCCCGUUGGUUACGUCCAAUUCGACCGACCGAUCAAAAACCGCAAUGUAAUGAAACUCGCAUGCGAGUUCUCGCAUCGUCUAAAUUAGCCCUUAUAGCAGCUCAUUGCUGUCCGUAGUACUUUCACGGUUUCCCGAAGCGUUCGGCGCCGAGGUCGCGGUCGGGGGGCUUCGGGCGAUAGCUUAGUUAUGACUCGCGUAUUGCAUGUGACUGCAACUGGUAUUCACAAUUUAUGCGUCGUGAUUAACGUUAGUAACAGCUGCGCUAGCCACGACCUCUGCGCUUUACGAACUUCCCUUACUCGUGUAGUGGCCUCUGUCGGCGGCUAACGCAACGCAGCGAAUGUAAAUGUUCUCUAGCGUUUUUGUGAAUAAAACAAUGCAAUUUUAUCGCUGCGUUACGAAGCUGAUCGGCGAAGGCCUUCUCAAAGCACACGUAGGUACAUCGACGGCAGAGCACUCAGUACAAGGUGUGACACCGCGCUCGCCAAUGAGCCGGUGCACAUAUUGUUUUAGACAUAAUUGAUACCUAGUUAUGUUUGUUUCAACUGUGAUUAUUUAGUUGUACAACUCUGAUGAUUACAUAAAAGAAUGAAUAAAAAUGUAAAAAAGUUGA